AUGCCAGGGAUGAUAAAGAUGGCUUUUGAUUGUUCAGUGCCGACCGUCCUAGUACUACCACCUCAAAACGCCACAAGCCAGCAAGUCAAGAUGAGGACCCGGGAUUCUGACACGUCAUAUGCUCCUAAGACUUCGAAACGCAGGGAACCAAGCCAAGAUAUCGAUUCUGACACAUCCAUUCUCAGUGUUCAUAAUACUGCCGCGAAGCACAAGAAGAAAGUGGCCCCAUUGCCCAAGGCUAAGCCCCAAAAGUCGAAGGCCUCUGCAUCCGCACCAACGGCAUCAGAUGAUGAACGUAUCUCGGCCAACGUGACGAAGACAACCCUGAGGGCUGAUUCUGACGUGGAGGUAGUGGAUCAGCCACGAAAGCGACACAAGGUUGAGCAUCCAGAAAGUGACCUAGCGAAACUUCGGGCAUAUUAUGGGAAGCCCUUUCGUAAACCUGGUGACGUAAGUUGGUUUUCUCUCCUUCUCCCAUAUUAUUUCUAG